AAGAGCGCCGCCAUGUUGUACGGAAAGAGAAGGCUGCGGGGAACUUCCGGUUCCGGUGGGGGAGCGGCCCCACGGCGGUGGCGGAGCGGGGGCUCCCCCUGUCCCAGUCUCCCAAAACUCCUUAAAAAUUCCCCCAAAAAUUCCCAAAACAAUGGAUUGACCCCCUCCCCCCCCUUGGAUGGCCCCCUGGAAUUUCGGGGGAUCCCAAAAUGGGGGAUUCGGAAAAUCCCGGGAAUCCCCCCGAGGAGGAGGAGGAGGAGGAGGAGGAGGAGGAAGAGCUGGACCCCCGGAUCCAGGAGGAGCUGGAGCACCUGAACGAGGCCAACGCUGAAAUCAACCGGGGGGAGCUGGAGCUGGAUGCCGCCCGGUGCCGCUAUCGCCGCAUCCUCUCGGACUCGGCGCGCCGGUUGAACUCCCAGGGCUCCCAGCUGGGCGCCUGCAUCGACCGGGCCCGGCCCUACUACGAGGCCCGCAGGAGAGCCAAGGAGGCGCAGCAGGAGACGCAGCGGGCGGCGCUGCGCUACGAGCGGGCGGUGGGCAUGCACAACGCCGCGCGCGAGAUGGUCUUCGUGGCCGAGCAGGGCAUGGGCACCGGCAAGAACCGCCUGGACCCCACCUGGCAGGAGAUGCUCAACCACGCCACCAGGAAGGUGAACGAGGCGGAGCAGGAGCGGCUGUGGAGCGAGCGGGAGCACCGGCGCGCCACGCGGCUGUGCCAGGAGGCCGAGGCCGAGGUGCAGCGGCUGCAGAAGUCGCUGCGGCGCGACAUCGCCCGCAGCCGGCCCUACUUCGAGCUGAAGGCCCAGUUCAACCUGCGCCUCGAGGAGCACAAAUCCCGGGUGAAUUCCCUGGAAUCCGCCGUCUCCCAGGCCAAGCUGCGCUACGCCGUGGCCCUGCGGAACCUGGAGCAGAUCAGCGAGGAGAUCCACGCCCGGAGACUCCAGAGGAUCCUCCGGAAAAAAAAACACCGGGAGAACCCCGUGGGAGCCGAGGGCGGCCACCAGAACCCCGAGAUCCACGGGAUUCCCGGAGAAACCCCCGGAAUUCCCGGCGAAAUCCCCAAAAGUCCCGUGGAAAUCCCCCGGAUUCCCGGCGAAACCCCUGGAAUUCCCACAGAAAUCCUGGCUGGAACGGGCAGAAUUCCUGGGGAAAAUAGUCCCAGGGAAGCCUCAUCUGGAAUGGGAAGAAUCCCUGGAAUUCCGAGUGAAAAUCUUGGAAUUCCAACGGGAAUUCCCGGGGAAAAUCCCAGAGAUCCCAGUGAAAUCCCGGCCAGAACAAGCAGAAUUCCCGGAAUUCCGAGUGAAAUUCCCGGAGUUCCUGAGGAAACCCCAGCCAGGACGAGCAGAAUUCCUGGAAUUCUGGGUGAAAAUCUCAGAAUUUUGAGUGAAAUUCCCGGAAUUCCUGAUGGAAUCCCGGACAGAACAUGUGGAAUUCCUGGAAUUCCAGGGGAAAUUCCCGGAAUUCCGCGGGAAGCGUCGACAUCCGGGGAUUCGCUGUCCCUGCUGAGCCUGCAGAGCAUCGCCUCCGACCUGCAGAAAUUCGACUCCGUGGAACACCUGGCGGGAAUUUCGGGAAUUCCGGACGCGCUGAGCCUGCACAGCGAGGAGCUGGGGGAGGGCCGGGAGCGGCGCCGGAAUUUCCGGCACCACCGGAGCGUCAGCCUCUGAGAGCCGGCGGGAAAUCCCGGGAAUUCCCAAAAAUCCCAAGGGAGUUCCACAAAAAUCCCGUGAAAUCCAAAAAAUCCCAAGGAAAUCCACAAAAAUUCCAAGGAAAUCCCAGGAAUUCCCACCAAAUCCCAAAGAAAUCCCACAAAAUCCUGGGAAAUCCUAAGGAAAUCCCACCAAAUUCUGGAAAGUCCCAUGAAAAUCCCACAGAAUUCCAAGGAAAUAAAAAAAAUCCCAUGGAAAUCCCACACAAUCCUGAAAAGUCCUAAGAGAAUCCAAAUCCCAAAGAAAUUCCACAAAGUCCUGGGAUUCCAAGGAAACCCCACAAAGUCCCGAGAAGUCCCACAAAAUUCCAAGGAAAUCCUGAAAAAUUCCAGGAAAUUAAAAAAAAAAAAAAAAGUUCUGGACUCUGGAAUUACCAAAAAAUUCCAAUGGAAUUCCUGGAGAGGAUUUUGGGGAUAAAUCCAGGAAAUUGGGUGUUAACCCCAGGAAUGUGGGGUUUUUUUGGGAAUAAAUCUCUGGAAUUUCAGGGAUAAAUCCUCGGAAUUUUGGGGAUUUGGAGUUAAAUCCUUGGAAUUUUAGAUUUUUUGGGAAUAAAUCCCUGGAGUUUGAGAUUUUUUUUUUUUGAAUCCCUGGAAUUUGGGAUUUUUUUGGGAGUCCCAGCCCCCAAAAUUCCCCAUUUCCCCCCAGAACUCCCUAAUUUCGUUUGGGCUAAUUCCCCUUUUCCCACCCCAAAACCAAGAGAGGAACCCAAUUGCACUAAGGGGGGGGGGUGUCAGGAAUUUUUGGGAAUUCCGGGAAUUUUGGGAAUUCUGGAAUUUUUUGGGAGGGGUUGUGAUGAGAAUCCUCCAGUUCGAGGCAACCCCGGGAAUUCCCAUGGAUUUCACAUCCCAAAAAUCCCAAAAAAUCCCCAAAAUCCUCCUCCUCCCCCGGCCCUGCUGGAAUUCCAGGAAAUUUCAGGAAUUUGGGAUUUCGGGGCGGGGGGAAGUCCCGGGAAAUUGUUGAUACCAAUAAAAUUCCUUCUUCUUGUAA